CGUGUGCGUGUGUGAGUGAACAAGCCAGGUCGCGUGUGUUGUGACUGUGAUUUCCGUGAUGCGGUGAUUGGUACGUCCCUCCAACGUGUCACAACAUUUGGUGGAUUACCCUACUUUUCCUGCAUCAAAUACAUAGGUACCACUCGUUUCGUUCUUUGUCUGAACCUGAUCUCCACGGGGAAGCAAGACUCUACCUUAGGGCGCAACAAGUUCUAACUUGUGUGCUACUUUGACGACUCUGCCUUUUCGCUUGUAUGCAGGGGAACAGAAACGUGAAUAAAUCCCUACAAGCAGCAUGUUGUCAGGAUUGCAUUGUAUUAUCUCUCUCUUGCCCGCUACGAUUUUGCGCUUAUUUAUAAAGAAACUGCAGUGCGGAAUGUACUCAGUGAUGAUAACAUUUUUGCUACUCGGUGCUUUUGCGAUUGAAGGACUGGGAGCUGCGGCAACAGCUGGAGCGACUCCCGGGUGCGCGUCUUGCGCUUUGUCGAUGAUGGAGAAGGGGUCGGAGGAGAAGCUUUUGAUCGAAAUAGCCAAGCAACAGAUCCUGAAGAAACUGCAUCUGAAGGAAAGGCCGAACAUCACCAGCACAGUACCCCGAGCGGCGCUGAUGACCGCUCUUCGCAAACUUCAUGCGGGACGGGUGAGACCGGAUGGGACGCUCGAGCUGGAAGCCAACACACAUUCGAGAGAUCAAGCGUACGAGAUCGUGAGUUUCGCAGAUAUGGAUAAUGGUGGUGGUCAACCCGUCAUGAGCUUCCAAUUUGUGCAGGAGCAGGGGCACAGCGUGCAGGUCCUUCAGUCUAACUUAUGGCUGUACGUCAAAUCCGCCGACGUCGGCCAGAUGACGGCACGCCUCUUCCUGUCGGGGCAGGCCGGAGGCUCCAACCGCACGCUGCUGCUGCAGAAGACCCUGGAGGUGCAGGCGAGCACACCCAACUGGCACACCUUCCCUGUGACGCGCACGCUGCAGACCUUCCUGGACGGCGGCCAGCGGCGCCUGCGGCUGGAGGUGCACUGCGAGGACGACGGGCGGAACCUGUGCGGUUCGCACGACACGGCCCAUCAGCCCUUCCUGGUGGCUCAGGUGCGUCUCCGGGAGGACGAGUCCAAGCACGCUCUGACGAAGCGCUCGCUGAGCUGCGGUGAGGACGUGAGCGUGUGCUGCAAGAAGGACUUCUACAUCAAGUUCCGAGACAUCCAGUGGCAGGACUGGAUCAUCGCCCCCGAGGGCUACCACAUGAACUAUUGCAUGGGCCAGUGCCCGCAGCACCUGGCUGGCUCGCCAGGCAUCGCCUCGUCCUUCCACGCCACCGUCUUCAGCCAGCUCAAGGCAAACGGCAUCCAUACAGCCGUGUCGUCAUGCUGCGUGCCCAUUCAGCGCCGGCCCCUGUCCAUGGUCUACUUCAAUUCCCAGCACAGCAUAGUCAAGACUGAUGUCCCAGACAUGAUCGUGGAGUCCUGUGGUUGCACGUAAACUAAGAAAAAAGCACAACAGAAAGAUAAAUAACUAGUACAGUAAAGUAGGGAAAGAAAGGGAGAUUCAACUACAUGCACAGAAUGGAAAGGUAUGCACAAUUAUAUUUAUGUACGUGACCAAACUGGUGUCAAGAUGAGUUGUUAGAAAAUUAGUCAUGCAGUAUUAUGCAAAUAGGAAUAGAAGUGACUCAUGACAGUGGCUACCUAAAUGGGUCAAAGUUCAAAUGGAAAGCCCCAAAGCCUUUGCAUUAUGCAGAGGUAUACAUUAAUAUUACCCUGAUAUAGCUAUAUUAUUCUAUUUUUAACUAUUUUUGUAAUGUUUGAUACAUGCAGACUGUAAAUAUUUUAAAUACUGUAAGUUUUUAGUGUGGUGUACUGUAUGCAGUGCAGAGAACUCAGGGAAUCUGAAAAGGGUUAACGCAGACUCUAAACAGGUACACCUGAAACAUGAAAAAAAAUACUUUCUGAAAGAAUGAGUAAGAUCAAACCAAAUAGUCUUCUUUAACUCAAAAUGUAUUCAACACAAGUCUUCUUUCAAUGACCAUGUUUAGGUCAUUGGCCAGGUAAUCCUUUUGAAUUUGUGUUGAGUGACACAUUGUGGUAUGUUGUCUGAAUGUUCAUGUAUUUGUUGAUUUUAUUUAUGUUGCUAAAAGGUGAGUGGAACUUAGCUCAGUAGAGUCAUGGCCAUUUCAAACCUAUUGCAGUAUUAAAUGAAGUGCGGAGGAGAAGCUUUUGAUCAAAAUGGCCAAGCAACAGAUCCUGAUCCCACAAGCCUAGUCACUUUUCAAGGGGCGAUCGUUCAAAUAUUGGCCUAGUUUACACUUUUGCUAUUUCUGAUAUCUGAUCAUAAUAUUCUUAAAAUUUUUUAUAGAUAUAUAACAUCCUAGGAUUUGACUGUCAUCACUAGGCCUUGAUAAUUCAUUUUUGCCUCUGAAUAAUAUUGGAUUAGAAUUUAAUUAAUUUAACUGGAUGGUACAGCAUUUCAGAUCGCCAUCAUUGAAAACAUUUAGAGUAAAGUAAAUAGGUACAUGGGACCAACGAGGAUGUUUUCAAUAUGACUGGCUGAGCUAAACUAUAUGGCUGAGCUAAACUCCAAUCGACAGACGAUGCUUUGGCUCUUGUUCCUAAAUCAAUCAAUGAGCCAGGCUCGCAAAACAAAUCAACAUUUUCAUUUGAGUUAAACCAGUAUUGAAAAGGAGCAUAAAGUAGUAUGUAUUGCCAAAAGGCACCCAUUGGCUGUUCAGUGGUUAAAAUGAUUUCAUCAGCACCUACAGUACACUGUAUUAUUUGUUCAGAUUCUUGCCAAAGGCAAGUUCUCCCCGCUGCAUGAACUCUAGUUUGUUACUCAAUGGCGUGAGUAAACAUUUAGAUAUUGCCACAGUGUCUGUAAAUUUGAAGGUCUGUGGGAAAAAGGGUCAAGGAGCAUGUUUUAUGGCAUGUCGCUGUCUGACCUCUGAAGGGUCUAAAGUAUCACAAUGUUAUAAAGCGUGACCUUGGCAUUCAUGUAUUUUAAGUUGUGCAGAUAGCAUUUAGAGGACAUUUUAUACUUUUAUUUUAUACUUCAUUUUCCAUGCUGAUGUUUAUAAGCAAUUACCCACAAGCCUUUCUUUGCUAACUGUCAGGAAUCUAGUAAGCACUUCCUCGUUUUCUAUAAGCACCUGCGGAACCUGGGCUUUUUUUUUUUUUCUAAGCACUUCCUGUCCCAAGUGUAUGUAUGACGGCGAUGCCAUGAAACUAGUGUCUCAAAAAAAACAAAUCUGAGGUGUAUCUUUAGCCUUUCGGUUGUUUUGUUGUAUCAUUCGAUUGUCUUUUUCAUUUAUGCCACAUAUCAGUAAGAUUCAUUCUUACAUCCACCAACAAGGUUGCAUCAGCACUUUAAAAUACCAAUAAUGGAGAUUAACCUUAGAUAUUUGGGGUACCCAUACUGUCAAGAACAGAGAAAGUGUUCCAUUGUUUUUGAUAAGCUUCAAUGUUAAACAUGUUAGGCUUCUUAUGUUUUGUGUACUUCUUUUAUGUUAUUGUUACUUGAUUUCAGGUUACUGUAAAAUAUGUUCUGACAACUGAUACUUAUUGAAUCAAUUCUUCAAUCUGUCAAUGUUGUAUUAUAUUUUCUUACAUUUAAGAUGUAACAAUUUGUUGCCAUUUAAAAACUACUGAACAGUAUCUUGUGAUUAUAUUUAAAUGUAAUUACAGUA